GGAACGAUCUCGCGGGAUUUCAGCCUUGCAGUUUCCUCUUCUCUCAUUAAGGAGCGAUCCAACAGCUGAAACGCCACUGAAUCGCGGUCUCUUAAGUUUAUUCCUUCAGGUGUAGCGGGUUGGCUGUGGCUAGCUAAACCUUGGCACUUCUUUUACGUUUCGAAUGGGGCAGCUCCGAGAAGACUUUCCUAAUGGAGGAGGAUGGAUUGCCCCCAGUGCCACAGGGAAUGUGGGCAGAAUGACAAGUUCUGCAGUGAAUGCGGCUACAGACUGUGCUGUGCAAGGACACCUGUCACAGAGCUUUCUGUACCUGGGAACCUGAUUGUAGACCUCACAGUCAGCAUUUCUGGAGCAGAACCCAGCCGCAGUUCUGCCGUCGUCCACAGGGUUGUGCUGUCGGACCUGCAGCCAGUAACUGAAUGCACUGCCACCGUCUCCACGGCGAUGGAAGAAGAGGUGCUGAGUAAUGCCACCCCCAAAACCUUCAACAGAAAGCUUUCUGUACCUGGGAACCUGAUAGUAGACCUCAAGGUCAGCAUUUCUGGAGCAGAACCCAAGGGCAGUUCUGCCGUCGUCCACAGGGUUGUGCUGUCGGACCUGCAGCCGGGAACUGAAUGCACUGCCACCGUCUCCAAGGAAAUGGAUGAUGGGGUGCUGAGUAAUGCCACCCCCAAAACCUUCAACAGAAACUCUGACCAACAAGAAGGGCCUGAGCACCCAAUCAGUGAGAGCCAGGUCCACUCUGAUAACCACACCCACAAUGAUAACCACACCCACUGUAGUGACCACACCCACAAUGAUAACCACACCCACUCUGAUGACUACCCCCACUCUGGUGACAGCACCCAGUCCCAGAGCCUUGGCCCCCCUGACACUGGCCCUCCUGAAGAUGAGGCAGAGGAAACUUUGAUAGAGCAGAAAGAAAAGGAAGAAUCACAGGCAAGUCAGUUGGAGUCUGAAAACCAGCAGAAAGACACAACAGCUCCUGAGCACAUCAUACCGGACACACCUGCCAGAGAUUCUGAGUAUCAGGAGGAGACCACAGACAACCGAUCAAGUCUGGGCCCAGAACCAGAACCAGAGAACCCAUCCUCAUGCCUGGCCCAGUCCCAGCCCUCCUCUGCAGACCCAGCUAAGUCAGACGCAAAGAGUGGUUUAGCAGAUGCUGAUGACAUGGAUGGGACUUUGAGUAAAGACACCAAGGACACUGUGUGUACUGCACAUAAGCAGAAGGAGAAAACUUUGAAUGAGCAGAAAGAAAUGGAUGAAUCACAGACAAGUCUGUUGGAGUCUGAAAAUCAGCAGACAGACACAACACCUGCUGAGCACAUCACACCUGGCACACCUGCUCCAGAUUCUGAGUAUCAGGAGGAGACCACAGACAACAGAUCCAGUCUGGGCCCAGAACCAGCACCAGAGAACCCAUCCUCAUGCCUGGCCCAGUCCCAGCCCUCCUCUGCAGACCCAGAUAAGUCAGACGCAAAGAGUGGUCUAGCAGAUACUGCCACCAUGGAUGGGACUUUGAGAAAAGACAGCAAAGACACUGUGUGUACUGCACAUGAGGAGAUGGAGAAAACUUUGAAUGAGCAGAAAGAAAUGGAUGAAUCACAGGCAAGUCUGUUGGAGUCUGAAAAUCAGCAGACAGACACAACACCUGCUGAGCACAUCACACCUGGCACACCUGCUCCAGAUUCUGAGUAUCAGGAGGAGACCACAGACAACAGAUCCAGUCUGGGCCCAGAACCAGCACCAGAGAACCCAUCCUCAUGCCUGGCCCAGUCCCAGCCCUCCUCUGCAGACCCAGAUAAGUCAGACGCAAAGAGUGGUCUAGCAGAUACUGCCACCAUGGAUGGGACUUUGAGAAAAGACACCAAAGACACUGUGUGUACUGCACAUGAGGAGAUGGAGAAUGAGGAGAAGGGGAAGGAUGAGCAGGAGGAGAAGGAGGAGAUGGAGGAGGAGGAAACUUUAAAAGAGCAAAAAGAAAAAGACGAGCCACAGUCAAGUCUGUUGGAAUCUGAGACGCAGCAGAGAGACAUUACACCUGCUGAGCACAGCACACCUGGCACACCUGCCCCAGAGCUUACUGUACCUGGGAAGUUGACAGCGGACAGGCUUCGUCUUUUCCAACCGUCGGUCAGCAGCUUUAGAACAGAGCGCUGGCGCAGUUUUAUCUCUGCCCACAAGGCUGUGCUGUUGGACCAGAAGCCGGGAACUGAAUGCACUGCCACCGUCUCCAAGGAAAUGGAUGAUGGGGUGCUGAGUAAUGCCACCCCCAAAACCUCCAACAGAAACUCUGACCAACAAGAAAAGCCUGAGCACCAAGUCAGUGAGAGCCAAGUCCACUCUGAUAACCACACCCACAAUGAUAACCACACCCACCCCAGGGGUCAAAGCCACACCCACUCUGAUGACCACACCCACAAUGAUAACCACACCCACUGUAGUGACCACACCCACUCUGAUGACCACACCCACAAUGAUAACCACACCCACUGUAGUGACCACACCCACUCUGAUGACAGCACCCAGUCCCAGAGCCUUGGCCCCCCUGACACUGGGUCUCCUGAAGAUGAGGCAGAGGAAACUUUAAAAGAGCAAAAAGAAAAAGACGAGCCACAGUCAAGUCUGUUGGAAUCUGAGACCCAGCAGAGAGACAUUACACCUGCUGAGCACAGCACACCUGGCACACCUGCCCCAGAGCUUACUGUACCUGGGAAGUUGACAGCGGACAGGCUUUGUCUUUUCCAACCGUCGGUCAGCAGCUUCAGAACAGAGCGCUGGCGCAGUUUUAUCUCUGCCCACAAGGCUGUGCUGUUGGACCAGAAGCCGGGAACUGAAUGCACUGCCACCGUCUCCACGGCGAUGGAAGAAGAGGUGCUGAGUAAUGCCACCCCCAAAACCUUCAACAGAAAGCAUUCUGUACCUGGGAAGGAGACAGGGGACUCCACGGAUGUGUCAUCUGCUGACCUCAGUCGUGUUAGGCGGAACAGCAUAGACUGGACUCGUCCCAGUUUGGACCUGCAGCCGAGAACUGAAUGCACUGCCACCGUCUCCCAGAAUAAUGCCACCCCCAAAACCUCCAACAGAAACUCUAACCGACAGGAAGGGCCUGAGCACCCAGUGUGUGAGAGCCACACCCACUCUGAUAACCACACCCACUCCCAGAGCCUUGGCCACCCUGACACUGGCUCUUCUGAUGUUGAGAAAAAGGUAUUUGAAGAUGCCGUGGAGUACCUUGAAGAUGAGGCUAAGGAAACUGAAGACUCAAAGGAGGUUGUGAGUGUGUCUAAAGAUAAGACCGUCAGUAAAGAUUCUGGGUAUCAGGAAGAGGCCACAGACAACAGAUUCAGUCUGGGCCCAGAACCAGCACCAGAGGACCCGUCCUCAUGCCUGGCCCAGUCCCAGCCCUCCUCUGCAGGCCCAGCUAAGUCAGACACAGAGAGUGGUUUAGCAGAUACUGACACCAUGGAUGGGACUUUGACUAAAGACACCAAUGACACUGUGUGUACUGCACAUGAGGAGAAGAAGGAAAAUUUGAAAGAGCAGAAAGAUAAGGAAGGAUCACAGACAAGUCUGUUGGAAUCUGAAAACCAGCACAGAGACACAACACCUGCUGAGCACUUCACACCUGGCACACCUGCCCCAGAGCCAUGUGCCCCUGGGAGGGUGGAAGCCACUGAUGUGCAGAGCAGGUCAGUGACUCUGUGCUGGGAAAGACCGGUCAGCAUGGAGGGAGUUUCUCAUGAGACCCACAUCACCUACAGCUGUGAGGGAGAAGAGCCCAGAUUACAGAUAUGUGCACCCAACACCACCACAGCUGUCCUUACUGAUCUGAGACCUGGGAUGGAAUAUACUUUCAACAUCACUGCAGUCCUUCCAAACGGCAUCUGCAGCAAGACCAACUCAACAUGCAUACAAACAAGAACUAGUCUGGAUGAGCUGGUGAGUGACUUGGGACUGGAACACCACCUGAAGAACAAGCUGACUCUGAGCAAGGUGCUGGAGAUUGAUGGAGAGACUUCAAGUGAUGAAAGCAUCCAGUCUCUGAAAUCUCUGCCGUGGUGUUUCCUGAGGAGGUUGAUGAUGGUGAAUGUGACUGCUAGGAGUGUGAGGUGCGCCUCAAAACAGGACAUGACUUCCCAAAACCUGGACAGCUUACUGAACACCCUGUGCAAUCCACAGGGCCACAGCAACAGAGUCAACCCCCUGGACCUCAUAACUGCUAUAUUUCUCUGCUCCGAUGGCUUUCUCCAGCAGGAGAUGGUUUUGAAAAUGUCCAUGUGCCAGUUCUCUGUGCCUCUGCUCCUUCCUAAGUGUGAUACACAGCAGUGCACUUUAAUGCUCUGGGCCAUGAGGGAUAUUGUGAAAAAGUACAAGCCGCACUCUUUGGAGGACCAAAGAGGGUUUGUGGAGGAGAACAUUGUUCUCUCUGAGCUCCCCCUGGUCUCGUUUGUGAGGCUGAGAAACAGCAGCUUGUCCAAGUCUCACAUUCUGAACCAGAUUCUCAGUAGCCCUCAGGAGCACCACGAAACCUUUGUUCACAGAAACAUGGAGUGUGGUGACAACCCAAAGAGGAUUUCCAAUGGGCUGGUGGAGAUCAGCUGGUAUCUGCCCAGUGGGAACAGAAACAUUGACAUCUUCUCUGAGCCACUAGCUAUAGCUAACCUCCGUGGAGACCUCAGGGACUUUGAAACUCAGUACGCUUUCCUUUCCUUUCACUCUGCUGCCGUAUUUGUGUUUUGUGAUGAUUUUGGGUCUGAAUACAAAUUUUCGGAGUCCCAGCACCUGAAGGCUCAUUGGUUCUGGAUCAUCAAUUCACAGAGCAAGAGCUUCAAUAAAGAUGAUUUCAGCAGAUGUGUUUCUGAGUUACAGCUACAAACCAGCAACAUCAUCAUAAGGGGUCCGCAGAUGAAUGAUGCAGAAUUCAUAAAAACCCUGCGUUUGGCUAUCAGUGGCAUUUUAAAGGGAAACGCGCACAAAAUGAGCAUUGAACAGAUGUCUGCUGUUGCCCAUGAGCUUGGGAUCCAGGUUGAUGAAGAUUACAUCGACUGUCAGAAGGGCAAGAAGAAGGCCGAUGAAAUCACAGAAAGGAUUUCUGAUAUACCAAGCUUCAAGGAGAAAGAGCUGCCCUUGCAAGGGACUGCAUGGAAACAGCUGGCCAAACUGGAGAAGGAAGAGUGCAGGAUGAAAAAUGCUGGGGAGAAAAACAUAGAAGUUUACAGGAAUGAGCUUGCAGAUCAGAAGCAGAAGCUCAGAGCACAGCAGAGGGCUCACAAAAUCUCAGAGUCUAUGUCCCGUUUCAUCUCUGCAAUGUCCGGUUCCACAGAGGAGCGCAAGUAUUUCCUCAAGUGGAUGAGGAUCAACCUGGACAACCUGUCACGCAAAAGCCUUCCACUCCUUCAGGCGGAGUACAAGGAACAGUGUCAGAAUUCUGAGGAAAACAAAGAGCUCAUUGCAGCGUUGGACAGGAAGAUCUCCAGUUGCUCCUUGGGGACAGAGCACUUCCUGCGGGAAAUGGGUCAGCUGUACGAGUCGGUCUGCUCAAUCCCUGAAGGCCCCACCCCUCAAAUUCAGCACCUGCCACAUCUUUGUGCUGAGCUGCUGCAGGAAGGCUUUCCUCUGGAGCUGGUGGAUGGAGAUGCAUCCAACAUUCCUCUGCAGUGGGUGACCCAGGUUCUGAAGGAACUCCAUCAACUAACACAGUAUAAAUGUAAGAUCCGGGUGGUCACUGUACUGGGGGUGCAGAGCACUGGGAAGUCCACCCUCCUGAACACCAUGUUUGGGGUCCAGUUUGCUGUCAGUAGUGGCAGGUGCACGAGAGGGGCCUUCAUGCUCCUCAUCAAAGUAAAAGAGGAUUUUAAAGAGCAGCUUGGUUGUGACUACAUCAUGGUUAUUGACACUGAAGGAUUGAAGUCAGCAGAGUUAGCCCAGUUGGAUGGCAGUUGUGAGCAUGAUAAUGAACUGGCCACUCUGGUGGUGGGGCUGAGUGACAUCACUGUCAUCAACAUCGCCAUGGAGAACUGCACUGAAAUGAAGGACAUCCUGCAGAUUGUGGUGCAUGCCUUCCUGCGCAUGAAGGAAGUUGGGAGAAAACCCUGCUGUCAGUUUGUGCACCAGAAUGUCCCAGACCUCUCUGCCCAUGACAAAAACCUGAGGGACAGGAAGCAUCUCCUGGAGCAGCUGAAUGAGAUGACCCAAGCAGCAGCUAAGAUGGAAAAGAGGGGAAACAACAAAAAAUUUACUGAUGUCAUGGAGUACGAUCCAGAGAGAAACACCUGGUACAUCCCUGGGCUCUGGCAUGGCAACCCUCCCAUGGCACCGGUGAAUGCUGGCUACAGUGAGUCUGUGAAUCUGUUCAAGAGGAGUGUGAUUGAGCAUUUUAAAGAACACAAAUCUGGAAAGAGCUCACCACACACAUUCAUUGAGUUCCUAGAAUGGACCAGGAGUUUGUGGAGCGCAGUGAAGUAUGAGAACUUCAUCUUCAGUUUCCGCAACAGCCUGGUGGCUGAUGCUUAUGCUCAGCUUUGCACUGAGUUCAACACAUGGGAGUGGGCCUUCAGGAAGAGCAUGUUCUCCUGGUUAAGCCAAGCUGAGACAAAGGUGUCAAACUCUGGUUCAGUGGCAGCACAGUCUCAGCCAUUCUUCAAUGUGGAUGACUUGAUGAGCAGCCUGAAAAAUGAGGCCUCUGUAGAACUGGCUAAAGGGGAGAAGCAAAUUAUGGACAAUCUCACUGAAUUCUAUGAUAGACCAGAGGGACACGUUCACUUGGUAGAGAAGUACAAGGAGGAAUUCAUGAACUCAGCCAAAGCCAUCCGGAAGGAGACAGAGCACUCUGUUAUAAACAAGCUAGAUGCCACGGUGGAGAUUAGAAAGGGUAUGUUCAGGUUAGAGAAAAUCAAGAAAAAUCAUACAGCUGCAAUGGAGCAGAUGGUGCUGGACCUGAUUGAGAACUGCAGGAAAAGUAAAGAUCUGUCAGAUCAAGAGCUGGAGACUGAAUUUGAGAAGAUGUGGAAUGAGGCUGUGAAAGAACUGCAGUUCUGUGGCCUGGAAAAACGAGAUAUUGUCCAAGAUAUCCAACACCAGUUGUGGGCUAACUUAGAGAGAGAAGGCAGCUCAGUACGUGAAAUGCUGUCGAAAGUUGGCGACUUGUCUGAAUGUGGAAUGGAGCCAUUCAAAGUGAAGAGUAAAGGAAUGCUUAAAAAGAUAUGGAACACAUUUUUUGGAAAAGAGCAGAAGAUAAAAACACAAAAUAUGGCUGAUCACAUCAUUGAGUGCAGCAGGAAGUUUGUAGCUGAAAAAGUGAGAACAAGGUCUGAUUACCAUAACACAUACAUGAUUGGCUUGUUUCAUAUAAUAGAUGAAAUCCUGGAGAGACACAGGGAUCUGGAAACAAGUGCUGACUUUCAGGUCAAAUUGAAGAUCCACAUAUGUGGACAUGCAGCACGGGAGUUUCAAAAAAUGCAUUUGGAUUUUAUCCAUGCAAAUGAUCCCCGUCACUGUCUGGAGCAGUUCAAGCAACAGUACUGCACUGACUUUAAGGACCUGUUCAAUAAAAGAGACCAGUGUCAGAAGAAAGCAGAGGAGUUCACCUACAACUGUCUUGCACCAGCGGUUAAGGAAUACAUCACCAAGUCUCUGGGCCCUGACCUUGUGGAUGAAUUGUUGACAGGGCAGAAAGCCAUUGAUUUCAGCACUCGAUCUUUCUUCCAGUUCUCAGUCCUCAACAAGCUGCUUUCAGAUGAUAACUUUAAGGAAUUUGUGAAUUACAUAAGAAACUACGAGAGCUUUGUGCAGGGCUGGAUAUUUGAGCAGAUGGUGAAGCAGUUCUCUGAGGGAGAUGGCCUGAGGAACAUUGAGAUUAAGCACCUGAAGGUGAUGGUAAAAAGAUUAAAGGAAGCCGUUAAGAAUGCAGAGAGGGAGGCCAAUGAAAGAGUGACAGAAAGGAGUAAGGAGGACCAGAACAUUCAGCAGUUCAUUCAGGAUAUCUGUAGUGACCUACAGGAGCUCAUCAUUCCCAAAGACCCCCUUGAAGUGGUCCUGGCCUUAAACACUGCCAAGCCAGAAGACUUUUCCCGGUGUUUGUUGUUGAUUGUGGAUGAAAUGGAGGAGUCCUUUACUGCGGAGUUUCAGGGAGGUGGGGAUGUGAGGGCCAGGCUGACCUCACUGCCCUUUCAGCCACAGAAGGAGCUGUUUAACAGGGUGUUUGGCUGUGGGAGGCAGUGUCCCUUCUGCAUGACCCCGUGUGAAGCAGGCGGCAAGAACCACACAGAGCACUUUGCUUCCAUUCACCGUCCAGAGGGGACUGGGUCAUACAGAUACACGGUUUCGGGUAAAUUAUCUGUUGUGGUCUGCUCCUCCUGUGUUGUCAGUGAGGGAAAAUUCCAAUCGAGUAAAACAGAGGGGAAAUACCAUCCAUACAAGGACUAUCGGAGCAUUUACCCUGACUGGCUCAUCCAGCCUGACAGCAGCAUCCAGGCCUCAGACUACUGGAAGUACGUCUUCAACAAGUUUAACGAGCAGUUUGCCAAGGUGUAUAAAGCUGAGCCUGCUGACAUUCCCCCUCUUUGGGGAGAUAUAACCCAAGACCAAGCCAUGAAAAACCUGAAGGAAACCUUUCAGAUGAAAGCAGGAGAUUAAAUGGAUGUUUCAGUAGGGUGAUCUUCUGAUUGGAAUUAAUAUGAAAUAGUAUACUCACAGGUACAACUCAUAAUAGUUAAGCACAUAUACAGCCAAGUUCAACAGCAUGGAAUCCUUCCAGAUUAAAAUAGAAGGAGACUAAAUUAAAUGGAUUGUAUGGCCCCCGUUUUAGACUGGUUGAAAAUGUAUUUUCUGUGGAGCAUUAAUUAAUAGCCUACUCACACAUAUCAUGGCUAAUCACAUGGCUUUUAUCUAUACACACUGUCUGAGUUAGCAUGGCUGAGCUUUGUUGAUUAUUCCAUUGUUUAGAUGCAUAAUCAGGGAUGGUAACUAGGAUGAGAUAUUUUAAGAUUGUUUAAUUUUAUGAUUUUCUCUAUAUCAAAAAGAAUACUUUUAACUAAAAUACAAAUUACAUUUUAUGUUUUAUUCUAUGCUUCCUAUAAUGAGUAUUUUCUGUUAAUUAAGCACAUAACCUUUAUGUAUUAUUGGUAAUAUUAUCAACUCUUCAUCACUGCUUGCUUGGCUGUUUCAAGUCAUACAUUAUUAAGUGCCUUGAUAAUCUGUUUACACAAUAGCAUAGCUUUCAUCCAUUCAUAUUCUUCAAAUGGUUUAAACACAUGAUUUCUUGUUACAAGGAUUGUUGUUAUCACUUUAUAAGCCUUUGUUAUCACUUUAUAAGCCUUAAUAUAGAAAUUCACUGUUCCUGGAAAAAAAAGAAAAUUAAACUUUGAGGCCCAAAGAUGCCAUCCAUCAACCCAUUAUCUAUACCUGCUUAUCCUGGUCAGGGACGCGGGGGCUGCUGGAGCCUAUCCCAGCAUGCAUUGGGAGAGAGGCAGGAAUACACCCUGGACAGAUCGCCACACACACCAUCCACUCAUCCCUAUGGGCAAUUUAGAAUCUCCACUUAGCCUGCCGACAUGGCUUUGGAAUGUGGGAGGACAUGCAAACUCCACACAGAAAGGCCCAGGUGUUCGAACCUAGGACUGCACCACUGUGCCGCCCUUAUAGAUUUCGUGAUGACUGUUUAUUUUUUAGAAUUCUGGAUUCAAAAUUUGUUUUGCUUCUUUGCACUUAGUAAAAUUGAUGUAUUUCACCACAUGUUUGAGCACUUAUUACUUGCACAAAUGGCAUAAUCAAAAUAAAUGUUUAAUUUCAUCUGAA